CUAUAAAGACGAAACGAAAACGAAAAUGUUCGUGAUAUCACAUUUUUUUCAGUAUUCCACGCGUAGUAGCAGACGUCGUACCGAGAUCGGAAAUUUGGUAUUAAAAAGUCAGCACAUUAUCAGAAAUGGUUACACCUAUACCAAGACAUUUUCUGAUCAAUACCGGAUUCAGAAAGUGGUGCUAUAAUUUGUCUGGCUUCAACAGAUACGGACUCAUGAGAGACGAUCUUUUGACAGAAAAUGAAGUUGUAAAGAAAGCUUUGGAAAGGUUGCCCCAGGAUGUGCUGGACGAGCGCAACUUUCGUAUGAUAAGAGCUAUGCAGUUGAAUUGUCAAAAAAUCGUUCUGCCAAAGGAGCAAUGGACAAAGUUUGAAGAGGAUGUUAGAUAUUUGGCACCGUACAUAGAGGAAGUAGAAAAAGAAAUGAAGGAGAAGGCUGACUGGAACAAGGAAUAAAUCUGCCACCUUCCCUAGUGUAAAUGCAAAGAGAUAGUUAAUAAUAUGCAACAUUGAUCUUUACUUUUUGGUCAAUCACGGUGUUUACCUUUCUAAAAAAUUAAUGUGAAAAUUACGUCAUUGAUCAUGAUUUAUUGUCAGUUCGGAUAUUGAUAGCUAUAAUAUACUCAAAUUAUCCAUCUGUGACUACAACUUCUGUACUAUAUGAUCAUGUCAAUGUAAAACCACUUGAAAUAAUAA